AUGACAACCAAGGCGGAUAAAAAGCUGGCUGAUCUGCUGCAAAAGCGAGAGCGACUUGUGGCUACACGAGAGUUGGUUGAGAAAUUUGUGGCUGCAUACGAUCACGAAAAGCAUGUUAUCCAAAUACCGGUGCGACUAGAGACGUUGAACAGGACCUACAAGGAAUUCCUUUCCGUGCAGUCGGAAAUCGAGCAGCUGGACAAACCGGAAUCCUUCAAAGCACAUCUAGCGGUGCGGUGCGAAUUCGAGGAUGCUUUUUGUGAAGCCAAAGGUUUCCUGCUCUCCAAGGCGGAUCACCACACAGCGCAUGCGGAUACUUCGUUGAACUCCAGCUUUACUCAUUCACAAGGACCGUCAACAUUCCAUCACAGGCUGCCCAAGAUUGAUCUACCCAAGUUCAACGGAGACGAAUCAAGAUGGAUUUCAUUCCGAGACAACUUUGUUUCCAUGAUUCACAUCAACGAGGACAUUCCCGUAGUCAACAAGCUACAAUACCUGCUACAAUCGUUAGAGGAUCCCGCCAGAAAACAAUUCGAAACUGUUGAGAUUCAAGCAGAUAAGUACGCGCCGACCUGGGAGGAACUCUUAAAGAAGUACGACAACAAACGCUCGCUGAGAAAAACCCUAUUCCGAAGACUGUACGAGUUGCCAUCAAUGGAAGGUGAAUCAGCACAAGAUUUGAACACGUUGGUUGACGACUUCCAGCGACAUGUCAAAGCCCUGGAGAAGCUUGGAGAGCCGAUCAACCAGUGGGAUACACCGCUCGUAUUUAUUCUCAGCGACAAACUGGAUUACGCUACCCUACGUGCUUGGGAACAGGACUCGAGCAAGAAGGAGGUGGUGACCUACGAGGAGUUGAUAGAGUUCCUGAACAACCACGUUCGCAUGCUGAAGUCCUUCGCAAGUGACUUGCAGCACCGUCAAAGCGGCAAUGUCAAGGUGGCCGGCGCUAGUCAGAAGAAAUCCCAAUCAGUUAAGUUCAUCGCGAACGCAGCCACAUCGGAAACAAGGACGUACACACCGCAGUGUCCGUCAUGCUCGAAGCAACACCUGUUAUACGAAUGUCCAGCAUUUACUAAGCUUGCAGUGAUCCAGCGUCGCGAGCUGGUCACCCAACGAAGCCUGUGCUGGAAUUGCUUCCGCCAAAAUCACCAAGCGCGUGCCUGCAGAUCGAAGUUCUCCUGCAGGAUAUGCCAAGCGAAGCACCAUACGCUGCUGCACGACCCAGGUGCAUCGGACCACACUCAAGACGCUGCUGUGGCUUCCAAUUCCACAGCUCCUCAACACAACCUGCCUACAACCAUUGGAACCUUUGGAUUAGCAAAUUCCUCUGAAACCAGCCUUCCAAUUGUAGCGAAGCAAGAUACGGUUCUUUUGGAAACAGUAAACCUUCUCAUCACCGAUAACCACGGGAGAGAACUCCUAGUCAGAGCGCUUCUAGAUUCGGCAUCGAUGUCCAACUUCGUCUCGAACAACCUGGCGGACUUGCUCAACAUUCGCAGAAAGAACGUGGAUGUCGCCGUAGCUGGACUAGGAGAAUCUGCCAAGAAGAUCGACCAACAAAUCACCACCACAGUCAAGUCGCUAACAAGCCAAUUCUCCACCACCCUCGAUUUCUUGAUCAUGAAACCGCCCAUGGUCAAUCUCCCAAGAAGUGCAGUAGACAUCACUCAUUGGAACAUGCCCGAUGUCCGACUAGCCGAUCCUCACUUCCACAGGCCAGGAGCGAUCGACAUCCUGAUUGGUGGUGAAUUCUACCAUGAACUUCACACCGGACAACGCAAGCCAAUCGGUGACGGACUUCCGUUACUUGUCGAAACUCAUUUCGGAUGGACAGUAACUGGCAAGAUUCCCACCAAGUCCGACGGAGCGUCCACGUUGUGCUGCUUCUCCACCACCACUCGAGCUUUACUAGUAGCUCCUCAACCCAUUUUGAAGCUCGAAGCUGCCGAACCAAAUGCAAGCCAUCUUAACAAACAAAGUUCCUCCACUCCCACUCAAACUCACAACGGAAGAUACGUCGCAUUUCUUCCUCGGUCGAAAAAUCCGCAAGUCACCCACGGCAACUCCCGCGAGAGUGCCGCGCAUCGCGUUUCUACCCACGCAAGCCGCCGUAAAGAAGUCCCAUCUACGAAACCCGCCAAGAAAGCUCGCCUCAGCCACAUGCGUAAGGACAACAAUACCAAGCCCCACUGUUGUUUCGGAUACCCGCUAGCCAGCUCGUUCAUGCAAGCAGAUCUACGAUCGUGCUUCGGUCAAACAUCUCCAGCCGUCAACGGUGCAGGAAACGAGAUGAUCGAACGGCAGACCGAAAUGCAGCUGACCGACAAAUCGCCAAAGCGCACAUGCCGUGCCGUUCCGUCAAAUUCGCUCACGUUCUUCAAUCAACCACACCUCCGCAAGUUGGCCGAAGCUGAAAGCUGUCCGGUGCCAAGGCAGAAGAAGUUCUACAAGCAGCACGUCUACAAAGGAGAAGUAUCAACCGCAGGAGAAGGCUUGCAGAAAGCCGAAUUUGCAGAAUCUUCAAAGAUCGGUCGAGCUGUCCGAAACAUGCUCAAUGCGAAAUUGGAAUGUGAACAGAUGAUGCACGCGAGUCAAGCCAACCACCACCAAGAACUGCAGAAACUCCAAAGACCGGUAGAGCACUCCGAAACUGCUCGAUGCGCAUAA